AUGCGAAAGAAAUUGCCACAACAAGCACAUCCUCAACUAUUUCACGAUACACAUGAGACAAAGAAACGAAUGGACGCCAGAAGGGUUACGCUGAUAGUGAUUGUAAUCGCUUUGUGUCCUCUUACAAUUUUCAAUUCGACAGCCAAUAAAGGACAAGACAUACAUGUACAAAAGACUAAAGAGCGAGCAGUUCUAAGGUCACAGUCUUCCAAAACGAUACCAUUGCUUCCUGAUUUUCCAAAACCAUUCGAUGGAGAUGAAGCGAGGUGGCAUAUCUGGGCAACAAAACAACCUCUUGGAACCUACCAGUAUUCCCAAUCCGCCGCCAUCCUUCAUUUCCCGUACACAGAGUUGAACCCUUCCUACAAAUCACUGAUGCACGAAGAAACUAUAAUGCUUGAACCAAACGAAUAUCCACCUUCCAUAGUAAUGAAGGGCCUUGAUUUUAAGUUCGUUGACCCGACAAUGUGCUUUGUCCUGACACGCAAAGGAUUCAAACCAGCCGUCGGGAUGGAUACCGACAAUAGUGUCAACCAAGAUCGUUUGGUCAUGAUGUCAUUUCCAGAGAAGAAGAACGAUUUUUGGAUAGGCUUGUUUGAUGGACACGGGGAACUGGGGCAUGUCACAUCGCACUCUGCUAGCUUGGAAUUCCCAGCCAAACUCUCGGAACUCGAUUCGUUGACAUCUUCUAUCACUCUCAGCGAGGAGGACACCAAGAAGCGUCUGAGAGAAAUCUUCUUGCAUGUUGAUAAAUCUCUGCCGAGAAACUUGAAUGCUGGAGGAAGUACAGCGAUUAGCAUAUGGAAGCAUGGAAAAUCCUUAUACGUAUCCAAUUUGGGAGACUCUCAAGCCUUUCUUGCUAGCUAUGACAAGAACGGAAAGGAUGUCAAGAUCAUCUACAUAACCAAGCCACACAAGCCAGAUUUACCCGAAGAAAGGAAGCGUAUCAUUGCGGCAGGAGGAAUGGUGGAAGACUCUCCUUUUCCUGGCUUUUCGGCAAGAGUUUUGGUGCCAAUUGAUGCUAUGAAUGCAAUGGCCUUAGCUAUGAGUCGGGCCCUUGGUGACUUUGAAGCCAAAAAGAUUGGUGUCAGUGGCGAACCUACAACCGAAGUCGUGGACUUGAAAGCAUUGCCCAAAGAUCGACAGUACUUUGUUGUUGCCGCUACAGAUGGAAUAUUUGAUGAAAUAAAGCCACAAGAAGUCGCAGAUCGCGUUGCCAAGAGUCUCACUGUGCUGAGAGCUGGUAGCCUUCCAGAAUGCCUAGAGGAAUUGAUCCGGAAAUCCUCCAACAAAUGGUUUACUUCUCCUGGAAUGGAAUUGUACAGGGAUGAUAUUUCCAUUGCUGUGCAUAGGUUGAUAAUAUAG